AUGGCGAAUGAUUCCCUCCCUGAGGAUUCUCUCCGUGAGCUUGCAGGUGAACAGGGGCUGAAGCCUCGCCCGCUGCCUCCCUCCGUCAGGGCCUCGCCCGCUGCUUUCCUGCGUCAGGGCCUCGCCCGCUGCCUCCCUGCGUCAGGGCCUCGCCCGCUGCCUCCCUCCGUCAGGGCCUCGCCCGCUGCCUCCCUGCGUCAGGGCCUCGCCCGCUGCCUCCCUCCGUCAGGGCCUCGCCCGCUGCCUCCCUGCGUCAGGGCCUCGCCCGCCGCCUCCCUCCGUCAGGGCCUCGCCCGCUGCCUUCCUGCGUCAGGGCCUCGCCCGCUGCCUUCCUCCGUCAGGGCCUCGCCCGCUGCCUCCCUGCGUCAGGGCCUCGCCCGCCGCCUCCCUCCGUCAGGGCCUCGCCCGCUGCCUCCCUGCGUCAGGGCCUCGCCCGCUGCCUCCCUGCGUCAGGGCCUCGCCCGCCGCCUCCCUCCGUCAGGGCCUCGCCCGCUGCCUUCCUGCGUCAGGGCCUCGCCCGCUGCCUUCCUCCGUCAGGGCCUCGCCCGCUGCCUCCCUCCGUCAGGGCCUUGCCUGCCGCCUCUCUCCGUCAGGGCCUCGCCCGCCGCCUCCCUCCGUCAGGGCCUCACCCGCUGCCUCCCUGCGUCAGGGCCUCGCCCGCUGCCUCCCUGCGUCAGGGCCUCGCCCGCUGCCUCCCUCCGUCAGGGCCUCGCCCGCUGCUCCCUGCGUCAGGGCCUCGCCCGCUGCCUCCCUGCGUCAGAGCCUCGCCCGCUGCCUCCCUGCGUCAGGGCCUCGCCCGCUGCCUCCCUGCGUCAGGGCCUCGCCCGCUGCCUCCCUGCGUCAGAGCCUCGCCCGCUGCCUCCCUGCGUCAGGGCCUCGCCCGCUGCCUCCCUGCGUCAGGGCCUCGCCCGCUGCCUCCCUGCGUCAGGGCCUCGCCCGCUGCCUCCCUGCGUCAGGGCCUCGCCCGCUGCCUCCCUGCGUCAGGGCCUCGCCCGCUGCCUCCCUGCAUCAGGGCCUCGUCCUCCUCCCGAUGCUGCCCCCCACCUCCUUCACCUCUCAAGAGCUCCUCUAGUGGGUUCUUCAAGAGGGUAA